ACUCAUUUAAUGAACAACCACUUCGAUUUUAGCUCGUUUUUAAAUGUACUUAAAAUCAUUCGAGAGGACAUAAAGCGUAAAAUUAUAAUCUGACGUGAAGAAAGUAUUUAGCUGAAAAAUGCACCAAUGUUUCCUUAUCACAUUUAUAUUCAAACGUUUUAUUGAUUGCCGUUUGGCAUUUAGAGUUUUAGUAUUAGUGAGUGAUAUUCCAUUUUUGUGAGCUUGCGUAGCUAUUGCUGAUUGGCUAAUUGACGAUCGGUUUGUUUCUCAUUCUUUCCUCGGUAGUUUUUUCCUCCCACUCUCACUUUCUCUCUCUCUUUCUCUCUCUCAAUCUCUGCCUCUGCCUACUUCAUUGUGUCCUUAACAGUUUUGCAGAGUUGACGUGUUAACAUUCACUUAUAAAUACGAGAGCUUACACGCACGAGCUGGUAAUAUCAUUAGUUCUCUCUUAUUUAAAGCAAAAUGAAACUCCUGAUGAUACUUACCUUAACUAUCACUAUUGGAUUAUACACGGCAAAGAAUGUAGUUCAAGGUCUUCCAACGGAUCGUAGGAUGAGGGAAUAUGUGUUCGAAGUGCCGGAUAUGCCGCAGUUCAAAAACUUUUCCGUGCCCGGAGCUUAUCCGGUGAAAGGGAAUCCAAGAAAAUUUCGGAUAAUGUUACCUGAUAUCAAAGAAGUCCAGAGCAGUAAUGAUUUAGAACCUAUGGAUACUGUAGUAUUUGAUGCUUUCGAUUUACAAACAAAUAAAAGUUAUUUAGCCUUACAAGAAGGGAAUAAGUGGAGUAAGAUCUGAUUUCUGUGAAAUUAUCGGCAUUAUUUAGCUUUCUUAUUUAGCAUUCUAACAAACAUGUUUUAUUUUCGUAAAAGUGUGUAAGUAAUGAGAAUCGUAUACUUAAUGAGCUGUUAUAAAUUUUUUGAAUAUAAUUGGAAAUAAAAAUAAAUAUUUGAACUUAUAAAAAAAAUACUGAAAAUUUAAUCAAAUCAAUAAAUAAUUAUUUUAGCUAUUCCAUUAUCUUAAGAUUGCUUGGGAAGUUGGGUUCGCACAUUGGGUAGGAUAUUAUGGAGGCUGUUAUACAAUAAAAAUUUUUUUGGCAGGUAAUUUUUGAAAUGGGUUGAAUUUUAGCAAUAAAGAAAAAUAUGCAUAUUUUGUACAAUUUUUUCUCUAACU